GGCGGGGCCUGCACGUCAGCUCAGGCUAGAAAAGGCUGCGGGCCCGGCCCCGUGAGAUGACAGCCGCGCUCGCACACGGAGCCAAGCCGGACGCCGCCAUGAGCGCCGCCCUCUUCAGCCUGGACGGCCCGGCGCGCGGCGCGCCCUGGCCCGCGGACCCCGCGCCCUUUUACGAGCCCGGCCGGACGUGCAAACCGGCCCGCGUGAGCGAGCCGGGCGCCUCUGCCCCCGCUAUGUACGACGACGAGAGUGCCAUCGACUUCAGCGCCUACAUCGACUCCAUGGCCGCCGUGCCCACCUUGGAGCUGUGCCACGACGAGCUCUUCGCCGACCUCUUCAACAGCAACCACAAGGCGGGCGCGGCGGGCGCGGGCGCCCUGGAGCUGCUGCCCGGCAGCCUCGCGCGACCCCGGGGCCCGAGCCCGGCCGUCCCGCGACCCCUCAAACGCGAGCCCGACUGGGGCGACGGCGACGCGCCGGGCUCGCUGCUGCCCGCGCAGGUGGCCGCGUGCGCGCAGACCGUGGUGAGCCUGGCGGCCGCCGCGCAACCGACACCGCCCACGUCGCCCGAGCCGCCGCGGUGCAGCCCGGGGCCGAGUCCCGCGCCGGGCCCGGCCCGGGAGAAGGGCGCCGGCAAGAGGGGCCCGGACCGCGGCAGCCCCGAGUACCGGCAGCGGCGCGAGCGCAACAACAUCGCCGUGCGGAAGAGCCGCGACAAGGCCAAGCGGCGCAACCAGGAGAUGCAGCAGAAGCUGGUGGAGCUGUCGGCCGAGAACGAGAAGCUGCACCAGCGCGUGGAUCAGCUCACGCGGGACCUGGCCGGCCUGCGGCAGUUCUUCAAGCAGCUGCCCAGCUCGUCCUUCUUGCCGGCCGCCGGGGCUGCGGACUGCCGGUAACGCGUGGCCAGGGGCUGGGCGUGGAGACUCGCCAACGACCGAUACCUCAGAGCCGACGGGCCGCAGCGAGGCGCGCGCGCGGACCGCCGGAGCCGCUCUGCGCCGGCUGCAGCUUCCCCGGGACGCGGGGGCGAAAGGAAGCUACAGCCUGGACUUGCCACCACUGAACUUUGAAAGAAGCUAUGUGUUUAUUUUCCCUUAAAUUAUUUUUAUAAUGGUAGCUUUUUCUACAUCUUACUCCUGUUGAUGCAGCUAAGGUACAUUUGUUUAAAAAGACUUUUACUACAACCCUUUGUAUUGUAGAUAAGAGGAAAAGACUGAGCAUGUUCACUUUUUUUUAUAAUAAUUUUUACAGUAUUUGUAAGAAUAAAGAAGCGUUUGCAACCA